UUGGAGGGGAGGUGAGGUGCGUGUGUUUCUCCUCGUAUUUACUCCCUGUUUACCUUCCCCGUGAGUUUUUUUUGAGGAUGUUCUGUGCAUUCUUUCUCGUGCGUGCGUGUGCAUGUUGGUGGAGGGGAUUGAUUGUGGUGUAGGUGAGGGCGCUGUGGAGUGUGGUGGCUGUGUGUGGGGCGAGAACAGAUGAAAGCGAAAGGCAAGGAAAUUUUGACAGGGAUAAGGACGAAAUACACAGCAGGCAAUGUUAGCAUACAAGGAGCUCCGUGAGGUGGACGAGGACGAGUGCUGUGUCAACGAGGAGGGUUGUUUGCCCCCCUUCACCACCCCACAGGUGUAAGAGGGAACAGGAAAGAAGGAAAGGAAAAAAAACAAAGAGAAGAAGAAAAAAAAAUCAAGGACUAAGACACACACACACACACACACACACACACACACACACACACACACACACACACACACACACACACACACACACACACACACACACCAUGUCCAAGCCACCAUCAGACAAGCUGCCGACCUUUAAGCUGGUGGUGGUCGGUGAUGGUGGUGUUGGCAAGUCAGCACUCACCAUUCAGUUCUUCCAGCGUCUCUUUGUCACUGACUACGACCCGACUAUUGAGGACUCGUACAUACAACACACAGAGGUGGAUGCCCAGUGGUGUAUUCUGGAUGUUCUGGACACAGCCGGGCAGGAGGAGUUCAGUGCCAUGAGGGAGCAGUACAUGAGGAAAGGUGAUGGUUUCAUGCUGGUCUAUUCAGUGACAGACAAACAGAGCUAUGAAAACAUUCCACACUUCUACACCCAGAUACUGCGUGUCAAGGAUAGGGACUCGUACCCGAUGCUGCUGGUGGCAAACAAGGUGGACCUGGUGCACCUCCGCCAGGUCAGUGAGGAGAUGGGGCGCGACCUGGCUCAGCGCCUCUCCAUCUCCUACAUCGAGACCAGUGCCAAGGACCCACCCCUCAAUGUAGACAAGGCUUUCCAUGAGGUGGUGAGAAUCAUCCGAGAUGCGCCACCAGUGGAUGGACCAAAGAAGGGAAAAGCGAAGCCGAACUGUGUCAUCAUGUAGACUCACUACCACCACCACCUCCAGGAAGGAAGGAACUCAACACUACCAUACAAGUCAAAAGAAGAGAGGCAGUGUGGCUGAAAUGACCCCAUGAAAUUCUUCUCCCUUCCAGUUCAUUGUUGAAUGAGGAGGUGAAGUGAAGUGAGGUGAGGUGAUGAUGUAGUGUUGCUUUGUUGAGUAAGGGGUGGACAUGAGGUGGUUCCAAUGCUGAGCUGCUAAGAUGCAUAUCAGGAUCAUGUCAUUAUUUAUUUAUUUAUUCAUUUAUUUAUUUAUAUUAUAUUUAUUAGUUGUCAAGUCAGUUUCUUCUGCUAUAUAACUAUUAUCCAUUAUUAUUAUCAUUAUUAUUAUUAUUAUUAUUAUUAUUAUUAUUAUUAUUAUUAUUAUUAUUAUUAUUAUUAUUAUUAUUAUUAUCAAGCUUUUAUGGUCAUGUCAUAUUUUUUUCAUCAUCAUUAUUAUUUGCAGCUUAAAUUACAUGUGAGUUUCUUCAGCUUUCAUUAGGUAUGUCAUUUCAUUAUUAUUAUUAUUAUUAUUAUUAUUAUUAUUAUUAUUAUUAUUAUUAUUAUUAUUAUUAUUUUUAUUAUUAUUAUUAUCAUCAUCAUCAUUAUUAUUAUUAAUACUACUAUUAUUAUUAUUGGCAGCUUUAAAGUUACAUGUUUUUUUUUUUUCAUAAUUACCAAGUUUUAUAAUGUAUUCAAGUUCCAGCGUUAUAUUAGUAUCUUCAUGAUAUUCUGUACUCUCAGCUUUAAUGAUUCACUCUUGAAAACCAAAUGAAUGCCAAAGAUAUUGUUGUUCCUAGAUGUCAUUCAUUUGUGAUAAUAAUUUUGUCAUUGUGUCAAGGUACCAUACUUGGAAAGACUUCUCUCCGCACCCCAAUGACUUUCAAAAUGCUCUAGUUCAAGUGACAAGUUUUUAAGGCUGUUUUGUGGUUCUAAUGUCAAAUUAAUAAGAUUUGUACAUUAUUAACUGUUGAAACACUCUUGAGAACCUGGUAAUCAUUGCUGCGGCCUUUGAAUUAUUGUGGUGAGAAAGCAAGUGUCUCUACAUACAGACCGUGGUCAUGUCUUUUCAUCUGUUCUGUAAUGUAUGCAUCACAUUUAUUACUUUCUGUGGUAUCUUACAAUUAACUUUUUCUUCAUCUUAUUCAUCUCAUAACAUACAUCAUCUUUCUCAUGUAGAAGUUUGCCAGUUAUUCAUUUGUAAGUGUGGUGGUUUAUGAUUCAUUCCUUUCAUUCUUCAUUAUGGUACUCAAAUAGUCUUUCUUCUGUCAUGUGUCUCUGAGUCUUUCAUUUCUAGUCAAGGUCUUCACUCUGUAAUGUGUGUCUGUGAGUCCUUCAUUUCUGGCUAAGGUCUACAUUUGUCUUAAUUUUAAAGCAUAAUUAUGUAUUCUGUGUCCUUCUGUCAUGUGUCUCUGAGUCUUUCAUUUCUGACUAAGGUCUUCAUUUGUCUUAUUUUUAAAAGAUAAUUAUUUAUCCUUUGUUCUGACUUGAUCUAUCAAAUUUUACUUAGAUGAUUUAAUUACUUGCAUUGAAAUCCAUGUGUCAUUCAUCACUCUACUCACUCACUUUGCCCAGAUUAUUAUUAUUAUUAUUAUUAUUAUUAUUAUUAUUAUUAUUAUUAUUAUUAUUAUUAUUAUUAUUAUUAUUAUUAUUAUUGGCCAAGGGCUGUGUUUCUUUCUACUAUUAACAUUAUUGAGAGUACUAAUUCAUACUCUGAGCCUCUUUAAAGAUGGUUUGUACAUUGUGUUAUUGUUAUUAUUGAUAUUCUGUGUACCUUUUCUGUGUACUGCCAAAGGUUUAUGAGAAAAUAAGGGAAGAUGCAGGAAGCCACCAUGCAUACAUAAUUGUGAUACUCCUGCAUAAAACACACCUAACAAUUUCCACUUGUCAUUUUAAUCUGUAAAUUUGUAUAAUCCUUUAAAAUUCCAAAAUGACUCUGCACUAACAACCUGAUUACUGUGUUCCGUUCACCUACUACUCUACUUGAGAACUUAUUCCUCCAUAUCUGUUUUUUAAAUCUAACUUUCUCAAGCUUGCAUUCAUUAUUUCUUGUCCUACCUUGAUUACUGACCCUGAGAAUUUCCUUGUGUAAUGAAGAGCAGGGUUGUGAUUGGUGGAGGCACAAGCAGUUGUCUGAUAGCAUUUGUUUGCCUGGAGUGUUUUUUUAUCAGACAUCACUUGUUUAGACAACAUUAUCCUAUUGGUUUCUGUUAUUCAAGCACAAAAUCUUUACCUGUGGUUCAAAUUCCUGCACAAUUGUCCCAGAGUUCUAUAUCUGUGAUUGGAUUGCUUUAUGAUGUCAAAUUGCAUCUCACAAACCAGAAAUUGACGUACUUGCUUGUUUUAUGUUGGGAGAGCAAGUAAUUAAUUUUGACGUGAAAAUCAGUUAGUGUUUUUUGUAUAUGAAUUGUUUAGUCUAUUAAUUUACUCAAGUUACUACAUAGUGUUCUCACUAUAUCUUGCUUUUGUGAGGCUCGUUUUUUGUGGCACGUUGCCAGUUAGUGUGCUUGGUUAAGCUGCCUUGUUUUUAUUGGUCAGUUCAAACUGUUGUUGGCGUCACAUUGUGUUUCUUACUUAAGGAUAUUGGUUUUAUAAAAAUUCACUGAGAUGAAGCAACAUCAGCUUAAGAUCAGUGAUAAUUAAAGGUUGGAACAAAAUUAAGUUAAAAGUUGCAAUGAGGUCAGUUUUAGUUACAACUUAAAAAUUUCACUUAGAUUAGUCUCCACACAGGACAGACAGAUAGAGAUGUGGAUGGAUAUGUACAGGACUCAUGGGCAGCAGGGAGUGAGGCAGCCCACAGGUGCAGCAGGUAAUUAGGCUGCAUCAAGGGCUACAGAUUGCAGGUGUGGAGGUAGUCUGGUGUGAAAUUUGAGGCAGAUGUGAUUGGUCAGGUAUUUUUAACUUUUUAUUUGUGUCCUUGUGUCAUGGUAUCUCUCUCUCUCUCUCUCUCUCUCUCUCUCUCUCUCUCUCUCUCUCUCUCUCUCUCUCUCUCUCUCUCUCUCUCUCUCUCUCUCUCUCUCUCUCUCUCUCUCUCUCUCUCUCUCUCUCUCUCUCUCUCUCUCUGUUCCUGAUUAAUUUUGAGUGACAACUUUUAAUUCUUAUCAGAAAAUAAUAAUAACAACAACCUAACUCUCUUUUUGAAACUCUGCCUUUAUCACCAUGUUGGUCAGUGUGCUGGUAUUAAUCUGGCUUGUGUUGUUAUGGUUGUGUUAUGCUUUGCUCCCCUCCCUCUGUGUUGCUAUAAUGUUACAUUUUUUUGAUAAGUUGUAGAGUAUGUGUGUGUGUGUGUGUGUGUGUGUGUGUGUUUUGCAGUAGAUUGGUCAGUUGAUCCAUCAGUUAGUUGAUCAAUCAGUCACUCAGUCAGUCAGUCACAUGGCUACAAAACCAACAGUUAACCAGAAAAAAGUCAAUUGGUCAGUCAGUCAGUCAGUCAGUCAUGUCUACAAACAUUUGCCGUACACAAGAACACCUUUUUUUUAUCCGAUAAAUAAAAAAAAAACAAAAAAACCUAAAAGGCGAUGAUUUCAGGAACUAAACUUAUAAAUUAUGAAAAUAUUUGCUUUCAUUUGUUUAAAAAAUGUGUACUUGUGAUUAAUUCUGUGUGUGUGUGUGUGGGUGUACCUAAGCUCCCUUCUCCCUCACCCCCCUUAUCCCCUCAUGAUUCCCCCCUGAGUAGGUGUAAGGGGGGAAUAGGUGGGUUGUUGAGGGCUGGGUGUACACCUGUAUACACACUGAUUGUGAAUGUGUACAUUGUAUGUGUGUGUGUGUGUGUGUGUGUGUGUGUGAUAAAAUUAUUUAUAACAUGAAAAGAUUAUUGCUGUAAUUUUUAUUAUUGUUAUUGUUAUUAUUAUUGUUAUUGUAAAUCAAAAUAAGGAAAAGUACUCAGAUUUCUUCAAUUAUUGUUAUAGUAUGAGAAAUGAUAAUUAUCUUUCCAUCAUCAUAAUAAUCUUUACCCACAAUUAUUACUCCAUUUUUUCCCUGGAGAUUAAUAUUUCAUCCUUGUCAUGCUAUUUUCUUUUUUCAUUGCUACAAAAAUUCUUACUGUUUCCCCAAAGGAGGUAUUUGGAGUAAUGCCCCCCUGUGUGUAAUCUACCUGGCUUUCCCCCUCCCAGGCCAUCUUCUCCCCCCUCUUGGUCUGUGAGGGGGCCUUCCAGGUGGGUGUCACUCCACUACACAUCCUGGCGGAGGCAUGGCAAAAAUUGGUUGUUUUUUGAGCAGCAAAUGCAGGAGUUUUGAAUCAUGAUUGUUUAUACUUGUACUGAUGUGUUGUGCUGCUGCUGCUGCUGCUGCUGCUGCUGCCGCCAGGCUGUGCUAGGCUAGGAUAGAAUAGUCUUUGCUGUGUGUGUGUGUGUGUGUGUGUGCGUGUGUGUGUGUGUGUGUGUACACACCCAUGGUCUCUACUAUUAGUGCAGAGGUGGUUGUGUAUGUCUGUAUGUACUUGUAUUGUUGUCAUGCACACCAUGUACUAUUUCUGAUGCUAUGAAUACUACUAUUACUACAACUACUACUAUUAAUAGUCUUGUCAAUAUAUGUCCAGGUUAAAUACAUACGUGUGAAUAUAUGUCUGUGUAACACUUCUACGGUUAUGUACGUAUUGAUGUAUACAUGUGAUGUACACACUUACACACUAAUUGUACAAACUGUCUUUAGAAACUGUGAGGGUGAACACUCUCUCCUUAUGUGUACUUAUGUGUACUGAUGUGUGUACAAGUGUGUGUGUGUGUGUGUGUAUGUGUGUGUGUGGAGGCAGGGCUGUGUAGGUCUAUGAGUGCCUCUGCCAAUGGUCACUACAUCCAUGUGUGCAUCUUGCUGCGGCUGCUUUACUUACAUGCUCAGAAAACUUGCAUGAAGUUUGUGUGCGCGUAAAGACCCAGUGGUGAUGACACUGUGUGUGUGUGUGUGUGUGUGUGUGUGUGUGUGGUGUGUGUGUGUGUGUGUGUGUGUGUGUGUGCGCGCACACACGCACACGCACUGGCAUUGGUGACAGUCUGGGUGUGACAAGUGGCACUGGUGAUGACAAGAUGUGGUGGUGUAUGUGGUGAUGUGGUGUGGUGUGGUUUGGUGAAGUGUGGUGCAAGAAGUGAAGAAAGUAAGGGAUGCUGCAAAAUGGUGUGUGACAGUGUGGUAGAGAGUGGUGUGUGGCGUGUGGUGGAGAGUGUGGUGUAUGGCGUGUGGCAGGGUGGGUGCGGUGAAAGGAAGUGAAUGUGGAACCUCUCACAGCCACACGUUCCUGUGUCUGCUGACAUUAUUACAUUAUUGCCAUAGUGUUAAUUAAUGAUCAGCUAACCUCAACAACAACAAGUUGUGAGGAACAAGGAACAAGUUGUGAUAUUUUAUUGUUCUCAUUAUCAUCAUUAUUUGCCAUUGAUGUAAAGAAAUGGCUUACUAUUACUAUUAUUUUUAUUGUUCUUGUUCGGUUCUCAUCAGAAUUUCUUCCCAUGUGAAUCUGUGUACAAAUUUUUUGUAUGUAUCUGUGUGUACACAAUAUCAUGCAUGCAUCACCCAGGCCAGUGUGCACGUGGGACUGUCAUCUGUGCCUUGUGUAUGUAAGGACGUGUAUGCUCUCGAGGUGUGUACAUGGGUGGAGGGGUUUGUGUACACCACUGCUGCUACCACACCUGCUAGCCCUACGUGGCACUGUGGUGGUGAUGGUGGUGGUGGCAGCACUCAUACCUUCUCUCUAAAGUGUGGUGGUAGAUGAUGUACUACUACUACUACUACUACUACUACUACUACUACUACUACUAUUACUUUUCUUCUGCAACUGACUACUUAGCUCUUACCACCAUUGCUAGCACCAUCACCACUACUUUUACUAAUGCUGCUAUUCCCACUGUCUAAUGUGCCACACCAGAGAGAGAGAGAGAGAGAAGAGAGAGAGAGGAGCAAAUUAAAGAUGGAUAUAGUG